GGUGUUCAAACGUUUUCCCAACAUUGCUUCUAUCGCGUGGAAAAUGUUUGCCGGUUAACCUCGCGCGUUGGGCUCUAGUGACUCUAAACAAUAAUAAUAAUGGAGCUAAUUUUAAGCGUAUUCCAGUAAAAAGUUCGUAGCAUCGGGAAAUGAAACAGAUUCUUCCUACAUCACAUAAUAUACCUUGUCUUUUAUGAAAUCUUUCAGUAAGCAUAAUAAAAAAAUACGCAGUGUUGAUUAUCAGGCGUAAUUUUUGUAGAUAAGCAGUGACAAACUUUAUCUGAAGUACAAAGUUCCGAAUUUAUUCAAUUAAAGUUGUACAGAUGAUGAGAUAUUCUUAUUUUUCAGUAGAGCAAUGGUUUUUAAUAGAUCCAGAAAAAUGCGUCUGUUAUGCUGCAUUAGUUUCGACCAUAGUGUAAUGCACUUAUGAACACGGAACAAGUGACAAAAUGAAAAUGUUAUACAAGAUACCUUAGUUCCUAUGUGCAUGGAUAAAAUGCGGUGUUUUAAGAUAGUUUUUUAAGAUAUGUGAAAAGUAAAAUGCAGCACCGAUAUCUUCUGCUUCAACUAUUAUUUCUACUGCCUAAAGUGCAUAGCAGUGUGAAAAUGAUACACAUCGCUACCUUUCUGGCGAUAAUUUUCCUAGCGGAGCAUACAAGUGAGGUGGAAUGUUUACAGUUGGAUGUACAAAAAGUAAAUCAUAUUGUGUUGGAUAAGUUAAAGAUCGAUGAAAUGAAUUUACAUAAAUUUCUGGAGCAUCAUGAGAAACUGUUAUUGUUUGGAAGCGAAUAUACGAAUGACUUCAAAAUCGUUAAAGUGAACCAGCGCAAAAGAAGUGUUAGAUCAACUGAGAAACUCAUUCAGUUUAAUAUCAGCGACAAUAGUGUUGAAAAUUUUUCAGUAAAGCUCGAAAAAUCGAAAAUAUUAAUAGAUGAUUCUUUUGCAUUUCUUGAGAGCUAUGACAACUCGACUCAGCUAUUGGAUGACUCGUUGCAACUCGUACAAAAAUAUGCAAACUGCUUCUACCGCAACGAUCAAGCAGCUUUUGAUCUAUGUGAAAACGGUAUUCGGGGUCUAAUUCGAUCUAAUUUAACUAAUAUGAUCAUACAUCCACUGCCAGAACGAUUCGGUUCGGGUUACCAUGUCUUCAUUAGUAGGAACCAGACCACGAAUGUUUUUGCUCAUAGAAAUCAGACUGACGAUAAUGUGAUAUUCGAGCCAAAAAUGGCUGCUCAAGAACCCUUUUAUACAAGUUACGAAAACCGCGAUAGAUACAAGCGACACACGAACACCGCUAAAAUUCCGGACGUGCUUCAUAUUGAGACUGCUAUCUUCAUUGACAAAGACUUGUAUAGGCAUAUGACGAAGAACUUUCCUAAAAACACCGAGGUGCAUUUAAUUCGGUUCGUAUUGGCAAUGGUCAACGGGGUCCAACUUCUGUAUAACCAUCCUUCAUUGGGACGACCCAUAAAUUUUAUAUUAAAACGCCUAGAGAUUUUGCACAGUGACCCAAAAGAACUCCGAAGAUCAAGCGAUAUAGAUAUUUUCUUGAACAGUUUUUGCCAUUGGCAAAGAAAAUUAAAUCCUGUUUCGGAUGCCGAUCCUGUGCACUUCGAUCACGCAGUUAUUCUUACUGGAUUAGACCUUUACGUUGUGAGCAAAUCCGGUAAAGUGAGCAACCAAGUAGUCGGAUUGGCCCCGGUAGCUGGCAUGUGCACGAUGACUUCUAGUUGCACAAUCAACGAGGGUAAACAUUUCGAGAGUGUAUUCGUGGUUUCACACGAAAUUGGUCACAAUCUUGGAAUGAGACACGAUACAUCUGAGAAUAAUUGCGAUCCAAGUUUGUACAUCAUGUCGCCAACACUUGGAAGUGGAAAAAUUACAUGGUCUGCGUGUAGCCGUAAUUACCUGAAUACCUUUCUGAAAACGAACCAAGCUCUUUGUCUGUUUGAUAGAGGGCAUUACGGACAAAGCUUGGAUCAUUCUGCCGAAGGAAGACUGCCUGGGGAACGGUUUGAUGCCGAUCAGCAAUGUAUGCUUAAAUAUGGAAAGGAUAGUAUACGUUCUCAAAGUCAAAAUAUUGCCGAUAUUUGUCGUGAUUUGCACUGUCAGAGAGAUAGAUACACGUGGACUUCACAUCCUGCUUUAGAAGGGACUGUCUGUGGAACCCUCAUGUGGUGUCGCAGUGGUGUUUGCUCUUUGAAAACAUUAAGUCCUUCCAUCCAGUCUGGUGCUAAACAUAUCACGGCUUUCAAAACGAUCGACAAGAAAACCUUUCUCGAAGGAUUAAAGUUUGCCAGUUUGAAACAGGAUACAUCUCGGCUUCUAAAUACUGUUCCCACCUGGGAACCAUGGGGUAACAAAACAGAAUGCGAGUCCGGCUGUUUAUAUGGAGAAUCAGGACGUCUUAAAGAAGGCAGUGUUGGUUUGCGGCAGUAUAGCCGAGUAUGUCGUGAUAAAAGGAGAAGUUGUAUGGGAUGGAAUAAGAAAUAUGAAACAUGUGUUGCAAAACAGUGUUACAACAUAGCUCGAACAACAAUUUUAGAAUUCGCCAAUCAAAUUUGCGAUAGAGCUAAGGAAUUUGAUUCAGAUAUUAUGGGUUUGGGAAUACAAAAAGUAACUGUAGACCCAGAAGACGCUUGCAAGGUAUUCUGUGAAUCUAAAUCUGGUAAAGCAAAAACCAAAAGUUGGAUUUUUCCCGAUGGAACAACGUGUAAAAUUCAGAAUGCUGAUAUUGACGACAACUACUAUUGCAUUAGCGGUCGAUGCCAGAAAUUCUCUUGCAACAGCUCAAUAGAGAACUUUUUUCGAAUUGAUCCGAUAUUCUGUUCUGAAAAUGUUAAUCCUCCUGGAAGGUUUGCUAAUAAUAUACAACAAGAGAAUGGAAGAGAUUAUAAAAGUUUGAAAUUGCUAAAAGAAUCGUAUACCACAAACCGAGAACAAAAUACUGUAACACAGAACUCAGUUCAUGAUUUUUCAGCCAGAAGUAACUUUUUAGAAUCCAACGUUAACAAAAACGCUGCUUAUGAUUUAUGGAGUAGUCGACAGAUUCUACAAGACAAAUUUGACCAAUUAUCGCAACUUAGACCCCGUAACAAUAAAUGGGAGGCUAGAUCAGGGUGCCAUUUUAGCUGCAUGGAGAAAGCACAAGGCAUCCAAAUUGUUUCCUCAAAAACAAACAUUCGAACGAAUAUUCAACUGUGUUCUCCAAAUACAAUUGCAUGCGACAAGGUCUUAACUACAUACGAAUUUGCAACAAGGCUUUGUAAGCGAUAUCAGCAAAAGGUACAUGGUCUUUCAGGUCUUGGUAUGCAAAUAGCGUCUAGUAUCGAGGAUCCUGAUCGUAGCUGUCGGGUUGCUUGUCAGGACAGUUUUAUUCGACACCGAUUCUACCUUGUUAAUGGAGAGCAUGGACACUUUCCGUUUGGAGCACGAUGUAACCACGACGAACAGAAUCGAUACUGUAUUAAUGGCAAAUGUUUGCGAUUUGGAGAUGACGACACGCCUGUCAACGAAUCAUAUAACAGUUUAGCGCACUUGAGGGCUAAACGAAAUACCAGAAGAAGCAGAAGGCAUUACGAUUUCUUCUCACCGAUCAAUAUCACUGAGCGAAUUAGUCAGGAUUACAUCGAAAAUUUAAUAGCAAACAUAAAUUUUGCCAGAAAUAGAGCGGAAAUUCUAGAGGACAACAUCGAUUUCAAAAAUCCGAUAUAUUUCAAUCCCUAAUCAGUCAUAAAGGCAAUUGUGUUAUAUCAGAAUUUGAUUUAGUAUUUCAAUGGAUAACCCUUUUGUAAAUUAUUUAUUUAUGUGAUCCCUUAUAAUAAGCAAUAAAUCGCAUUUCACAAUUUAUUUUAUAUCUUUUUUGUUGGGAUUGAUCUGGAAAAAAGAUGCUAACCCUAAAACCCUAUACAUG